AUGCUGAGAGCCCGCUGUGUGACGUCAUUCGAGACCACGCGAACGCAGCGUGAACUUUGGCGCCACGCUGACUGUCCCGCCCUUACGUGCUCAUUACAAGUAAAGACUUUGACAUUACACGGAGAAAUGAUCACUCUAGAUUUAUGGGAAGUGAGCAGAGUGACUAUCGAUGCGUACUUGAUGGGAAUUCGCGAGGCGCGCGAUUCAGGUGCCAUUGUAGCGUUACAAACGUGA